GGGAAGGGGGGGGGGUGGAUGAAACGCUCUAUCCUAUUCGUCAAUCUGUGACGCCACGGUUGUAAACCCGGGUGUGAUUGGUUGCUCGCCGGCGGCUGUGUUCUUGGGCGAUAUUUUUCUCUUUUUUUUACGCGGAUUCGGUGAAGGGGAAAAAAAAGGGAGAAAAUAAUGGCGGCGGCGAUGGCUCGGGCUUCACGUUGGUGUUAAAGCCUCUCGUCUCGUUGUGUGUGUGAAGGAGCGGGAGUGACGGAGGAGCGCCGCUGGACUCGAGGGAGCGGCGAGUGACAGCGGCCGGAGUGGGCAAGAGGGAGAGCGACCGGGAGGCGCAGGAGCCAUGGCGGCGGCGGACGGCGAGGCGGCGGCCGGCCGAGUGCGGUCGGCACUGGGGGACGGCAGUGCGAGGAGCCUUCUGGACUGAGGGGGCGUCUAGGCCUCGCUUCGUCCCACGGCGCCACAAGAUCGUUUAAGAAACUAUGAAGAAGAACGGGUAGAUUGGCGAAUUAUCAUCUGGCUGCAUUUUUUGUUGUUGCUGUUCAUGGAUUUUUCAAUGUACCGAGCCAAGGGAGUGUUCUCCUGAUCUGGAUUCGCUUUAAAUUGGAAUGAAAUAAUGGCGACACGUAGGUCCUGUCCAAGUGAAGAGGAGGAUGGAGAUGUAAAUGGAAAAAAACGCCCAUAUGUCGGGGAGGACGAGGGAAAACACAAGAAGGAUGGGCGUGGACAAGUCGAGAACACCUCGCCACUGGUGGAUGACAUGUUCUCAUGGGCAGGCCCAAAGACUAUUAAUCUGCAACGAAAUUCACAGGGCUUUGGGUUUACGUUGAGGCACUUCAUUGUUUACCCACCUGAGUCAGCUGUACACACCAAUAUGAAGGAUGAAGAGAAUGGAAAUAAAGGAGCACAAACCAGAGGCAAAUUGGAGCCAAUGGAUACCAUCUUUGUUAAGCAGGUUAAGGAAGGUGGACCAGCACAUGGAGCUGGGUUAUGUACAGGUGAUCGGAUUGUCAAAGUAAAUGGGGAAAGCAUUAUUGGGAAAACGUAUUCUCAAGUUAUAGCCUUGAUUCAGGAAAGUGAUUCUGUCCUGGAGCUUUGUGUUAUGCCAAAAGAUGAAGACAUCUUGCAGCUGGCUUAUUCCCAAGAUGCCUACUUAAAAGGCAAUGAUCCUUACACAGGCAAUGCCCAGAACAUCCCUGAGCCACCACCCGUCUGUUAUCCUCGACUGACUAAUACCGCUUCAUCUGUGCCUCAGCCUAUGGAAGUUUCACCACCAGAACCUUCUCGAGGAAGGCAACAAAUUAUUAGACCAGUACAGACAAUUGCUACAUCCGAUCGAGGGUAUCAGACUGAAGUGCAAGUACCACCUUCACCAACAGAUAUUGUAAAAACUAAUACUGCUGUUUGUGUUUGCAAUGAAACAGUAAAGACUGUUAUUGUGCCUUCGGAAAGGGUUGAUGAUUUUGCAUCUGGUAGAAUUAACCAUUCAAGUCCAGCUCAUAGAACAGAAGAAGUACGGUAUGGAGUGACUGACCACACAACUGGGAAACCAAGAGCGAGGACCGCUUCUUCUUCAGCUCUGUUGACCAGUACUACAGUUCAGCAGGUUACAAGUGGUAGGGCAAAAGAUUCCGCAGUAACUACCUCUACCACUAACACUGGUAAACAGACAAUCUAUGGCUCAUGUAAGGACGCUGCUUCCAGCAGGGCUACACCUCAAACUACAGAUUUGUCAGCAGCCAUAAAUCAACAUGCAUCUCCCACAACUGUAACUUCACACCAGAAUAUAGACUGGCGCAAUUAUAAAACAUAUAAAGAGUAUACGGAAAAUAGACGUUUGCACAUGUAUGGUAGUAGGACAAUACAGGAAAGAUUAGAUAGUUUAAGAGCAGCUGUUCAAAAUUCAACAGACUAUCAGCAAACAGCUCCAACCCACAUUACAACUCCGGCACGACGUCGGAGCACUUCACAUGACCGAUCUUACCAAGCCACAUCAAUGAGAUAUCGUAGCGUGUCUCAAGAAAGAUUAGGAGAGUCUGUUUUAAUGAAAGAUUGGCCACGAAGUGCUUCACAGGAUGCAUUAACAUCGCCAGUAAUUGGGCCACAGAACCAUAGGACACGAUCAUGUGAUUAUAUUGGAAAGCAGGCAGAGGCGUUCAACGUUCUCACUGCAGAUAUUGGAACGAGGUCACAUGAUCCUGCUGAUGGUGGGGUGCAGCGAAUUUAUGACAGAACCAUUGGAGUUAAUGAACUAGGUAGUAGGCAUGUUUUUCGAGAAGGAUUCCGGCAAACUGUCAGACAAGUUGGGCAGCCAGGUUCUCGGAUAUCUAUUAGUAGUGCAACACAGUCGCAGAACAAUAAUCUUUCACCAAGUUUCCCCAACAUUGACAGUAUAAAGAUACGACCCAAAAAUCGAAAUGCUGCACAUUCUAGUCCUGCCCCUUCAAGGUGGAAAGUGGCCACAGACAUAAAACCUGUUCAGCAUUCAAAAGACCACCAAUCUACUUUUACAGGCCAACAACCUCAAGCUCCUUCUCAAGAAAAGUCUUAUCUACCAACAUCAUUUCAAACUACUCUUCCAAGUUCUUCGUUAGCCACUUCUGUUUCCUAUGCAACACCACCAGUUCUCUCUCCUACCCAAAGUAUUGGCAUUGAUGCGUUAAAAGACCAAAGAAUGGUAAAUCACGCCAAUCUAUGUGAACAGCUCUUGGAUCAAAGAGCAAGAGCUGAAAGUGUGCCUGAAUAUCCAGCAGAAGUGGUUGUUGGAGUGAGGUCAGCGUCAUGUCCUGCACCAACAUCUGUACAGCCUUUCGUGCAGACAAGUAGGAUCGUAAAGGCCUCUGCUACCUCUAGUGUUGCAAAUGCAUCAGUUAGACAAAAGAACAAGGAACCAGAAAAAUUGAAAUCUGAAAGUAAACAAGAGGAGAAAGCAAAAUUGGGUAUGGAAAAUUCUCUUGAACAAAAUGAACAUGGCUCUGGACAUAAAGAGCAGGAAGCCUCAGACAAUAAAGAAAAUGUGGUCUUGAGGGGAAAACAUGCUACGAGUCGAUUAACACCACAACCACUAAGACACCAGUCAUACAUUUUGGCUGUAAAUUCACCAGAUCCAGUAACAGAUCCUACCUGCUGGCUACCUAAUGAUGCACGCCGUGAGGUAAAUAUUAAGCGAAUGGGAGAUCAGAGAAAGGCGUCAAGUUCAAGCCCACAGGAUGACUCGUUAGCAUCUAUCCCUUUCAUUGAUGAACCCACAAGUCCCAGUGUUGAUCAUGAAUCUGCUCACAUUCCUGCCUCGGCAGUAAUUUCAGCUGGAGUCUCUGAAAUUCUAAGGACAACAGCAGUACCUUCCAGCCCUACUAAACCAGCCCCUUUUAUUCGUCGUCAGUUAUCACAUGACCAAGAUGCCAUUAGAACAUCUACUCCUGAUUCAAAGCCCAGUGGAAAAACAGAGAGAUCAAAGUCAUAUGAUGAAGGAUUAGAUAACUAUAGAGAAGAAAAGUUAAAAUCAAUGAAGCAAGUGCCUAGCCUGAAAGGACUAAAGAAGGCCUCAGACAGCCUGAAAUUUUCGGACGAUGUGAGCCCAAGAAGAGACUCCUCGUCAGACAGCUUUAGUGAUGCUUCAAAGGAAGGAUGGCUGCAGUUUCGUCAGAUUCUUACAGAAAAAGGAAAGCGCGUUGGUGGCAGCAUUCGACCUUGGAAGCAAAUGUACGUGGUUCUUCGUGGGCACUCUCUAUUUUUGUACAAAGAUAAAAAAGACAAGGCAACUCAUGCAACUUGCCAAACUGAAGAAGAGCAACCAAUCAGCAUCAAAGCCUGCUUGAUAGACAUCUCGUAUAGUGAAACCAAGCGUAAGCACGUAUUUCGAUUAACCACUUCUGAGUGUGAAUACCUCUUUCAGGCUGAGGAUCGGGAGGAUAUGUUGGCAUGGAUUAAGACUAUACAAGAAAACAGCAAUUUGGAUGACGAAGACACGGGAGUUACAAGCAGAGAUUUAAUUAGUCGGAAGAUUAAAGAGUAUAGUACCAUGAUGAAUACUUCUGGCAGCAAGUCAGAACCAUCUCCUAAAACACCACGGCAGACUCUCAGUAUUAGGCAGACCUUCUUGGGAUCCAAAACUGAUCCAAAGAGCCCACAUUCUCCAAAGCAAGAGCUGGAAAGAAAACUUAUAAAUGACACAAGCCCACCAAAAGAUAAGGGAACAUGGCGAAGAGGUAUUCCUAGUAUAAUGAGAAAACCCUUUGAAAAGAAACCAGGUCCUGGUGUAACAUUUGGUGUCAGGUUAGAUGAUUGUCCACCAGCUCUUCACAAUAAGUAUGUACCAUUUAUAGUUGAGGUCUGCUGCAAUUUGGUUGAAGAGAAAGGACUUGAGUACACUGGAAUCUACAGAGUGCCGGGAAAUAAUGCUGCGAUAUCAAGCUUGCAAGAAGAACUCAACAAAGGGGUGACUGAUAUUGACCUAUUGGAUGAUAAAUGGAGAGAUCUGAAUGUUAUAAGUAGUUUACUGAAAUCCUUCUUCCGAAAACUUCCAGAGCCUCUCUUCACAAAUGACAAAUAUGCUAAUUUCAUAGACGCCAACAGAAAAGAGGAUUCAGUGGAUAGACUCAGAACCUUAAAAAAAUUGAUCCGAGAUUUGCCAGAUCAUCACUAUGAAACAUUAAAAUUCCUGUCCGCACAUCUGAAGACAGUGGCAGAAAACUCUGAGAAAAAUAAGAUGGAACCUAGAAAUUUGGCAAUUGUAUUUGGCCCAACCCUUGUCAGAACAUCAGAAGACAACAUGAUGCACAUGGUUACUCACAUGCCAGAUCAAUACAAAAUAGUGGAAACGCUCAUACAACAUUAUGACUGGUUUUUCACUGAAGAAGGUGAUGAAAGUGCAACCACACCAAUCCAGGAAGAAAGCACAGUUGAUACACAGCCAGUGCCAAACAUAGAUCAUUUGCUAACCAACAUUGGGAGAACAGGAACUACUCCGGGAGAUGUUUCAGAUUCAACCACUAGUGACUCAGCAAAAUCUAAGGGUUCUUGGGGAUCCGGGAAGGAUCAAUACAGCAGGGAUCUGCUUGUGUCAUCCAUCUUUGCUGCAGCCAGUCGUAAAAGAAAGAAAAAGGAUAUAAAGUUGCAACAAAGUAGUUCAGAUGAUGAGUUGGAAAGUGGAUUCUCCAGGAAAGAAAUAUCAAACCGUUCCCACACCGUUGUAGCUAAGGAACUGGGAAAUAAACGAGAAUCUGAAAAUGAAGUUGACUUACCUGAACCGAAAGGAAAACAAGAUAAUUGGUAUAGCGAACAGCAGGAGAAAGGAAGUACAGAGGAAAGGAAUCAAUCUUUGUCUGUAGCAUUAAUUGAAAAGUAUGAAAUGAGAAAGCAAGCAUCUCCAGAAGAAACAAGCUUCACAGAGCAGAAGCUUCCAACGUACUGCGAAAAAUGCACAGACUUGCCUAAUAUCAGUUGUUCCAGUCCACAACUAAUUGCAAGCACAAAGCCCAUUUCUACUGUUGAGGUUUCUUUGAGUAACAUGAACCCCGACAUGGAUAAAGCUGUGACUGACUUAACUAUCACAGUCAGUAAUUGUUCUCUGGACUCUCAACAGCAAACUAAUUUAAGCAAGUCAAAGAAACCAGCAGAUGCAGUUACUGCAGAUGUAAGUUCCAUCGCUUCAGAAUAUUCCACAACUUCUUCUAUAGCAUACCUUCCAGGAAUGGAUUCCCAUGUGCUGAAUGCAGAAGUCCAAUCAGUGACAGAAAGCAAAGGUGAUGAGGCUGACGAUGAGAGAAGUGAACUUGUCAGUGAAGGACACCAUGUAGAAACAGAUAGUGAUAGUGAUUUUUCUGUUUUUGCUGCAAGUUGUGCACCUGAAAAGCUUUUAUGUGAAAUGAAACAGGAUCCAUCAAAGAGUGUCAGGAAAAACUCAGAAGGAAGUGACAAGACUGGAACAGAAGGAAGUUCAACACCAAGGUUAGAUGAUAGGAAAGCAUUCAGCUCACGUAAGCUCAUUGAGAGUGAUACACUUUCCAAGAAAAAGUCUUUUCGGUUGAAAGGUGAAAGUGAGGUGUCAGUAGAUACAAAGGAACAAAAAGAGGUAGAGAGAGAACAGAAGGUCUGUGAUGUCAUGAAGAAAGGGAAAUCCACAACCAGUCUGGCUUCAUUCAUUAAAAAUGAACCUGAUAAGAUCGAGCCUGGAUGGAAAUUAAAAAUUACAGACCGUUUAAAACUACGCCUAAAGAUAUCUGCAGAUGAUAUGUUUGGAGUUGGCAUACAAAAGUCAGGCUCUCCUGAAACCAGUAGGAAAAAAAACAUUAGGCGGAGACAUACCAUGGGAGGAAAUAGGGAUUUUGCAGAACUCAGUGUUUUAAAUGCAUGGAGAGCACAGGAACAAGAACAACAUUCUCCAAAUAACGCAGGGAGUGGAGAUAACGAACCUCAUUUGUCAGCAAUGGAUCGCCUCAAGCCGAAAUGUCAAUCCCAGGAUCUCUCGAUCACAGAGUGGCUUGCACGAGAACGCUUACGCACUAGCACAUCAGAUUUGCACACAGAAAAAACCUUGGAGCCAAGAACUGCGGUCAUUAGUUUAGACAAAGGCACAAACACAGAGUUGUCUGCAUCAUCUGGAGAAGAUGCAGUCAGCUCUGGGAGUUUGCCCCAAUUCAGUCACCCUUCCCCUUCAACAUCUCUUAGCCCACCAUCUUCAACAGAUCAAGUAAAUGGUGACAGCCACCAAAGCAAGGGAAAGAACAAUUUUAGUACAACAGUUGAUGCUCAUCCUCAUAAAAUAUCCAGUAAUCAAGUAGUCAAGUCUCGCUUCUAUCAGUACUUGUAGGUCUGCUAUUAUUUAUGUGUCUAGUGCUGCAGAAAAUUGUACAGCAAAUUGCUUGUCAAACAGUAUACUGUUUUCUAUAUGAAUUUCCUGUACAUAUUUCUAUCUGUACUUGAAUUUUGAAACAGUUGAUGCUCUGCCUAUAAUACAGGCUGGUUUCUGUGCUGGGUACUGUGGAAGCUCGUUGUGUACACUGACAGCCAGAAAAAGGAUAACUCUUUGUACAAAAUAAAUUUAUAAAUUGACGUAGAAGAGCAUCGAGUGCUGAAGCCUUCUGACGCACAUUUCCAUAAAUUAAUCAUACUGCAUGAUCAGCAAUUCCUGCGUAAAUUGGAUUCAGCUGCAUAUAUUUUACAUCAGCUUACAAGGGCGAGUGAAAUAAACUUUUUGGAUUUGAUCUUUUGAACUUCAUUUGCUAAAGAAAGUGCCUCAUCUCAAAAAGGAAAUUGGUUUAGAUAGGGUGCCAUAUUGUCAUUUUAGUUUAAAAAAACUAGAAAUCUACUGUGAAACAAAUUAUUUAUCUGUAAACACACAAAAAUAUCAUUAAGAUAAUUUUCCAGAUUUUAUUAACUGAACAGCUAGAGCUUCCACACUAUAGGCAUUCCAGUUGGAUCUUAAGAACAUUUUUUUAAUUCAGACUUUUAAUACAGUCUUUGUAUGGGACUUGAUUUUUUUUUAAAGUUUAUGUAAAGAUACAUAAAUGUAUAUAAUUUCAUGUGUCGCUUUUUCAAAUUUGAGAUUUGAUAAAAGCUUUGUAACAUAGGCAUGUAGAUAGUGGUCUCUGGAAAAACUGGUCCCUUGCUCAUUUUUCAUCAUCUCUAAAGAGAAUCUUAACUGUGCAUGAGAACUGUUUUCUCAGAUUCAACAUUGUAUUUAGCCUGUGUACAGAUAGAGGCAAAUUGUUUGUAAAUGUGCCCUGGAAACACUGGAAAUAAAUUUUUUGUUUCUGUGGUUCUUUGCUUCUGUUCUUUAAAGGCAUUGAGCUCAAAAAGUUAAAACAAAAUGAUGCAUGUCACUCCAUUUUAUCUCUUUAUGGUCCUAAGUUUCCUUCC